AUGGUUGGAAUGAAAAUGGGCGAAACAACAAAAUGGUCAAAUAUUGCUUUUGGUAGAAUUCCACUCAAGUUACCAACAUCAUCAAUGCCUAAUGUUAAUCUGACGACGGUAAAUAGUAAUAUUCUAAAUAACAACAAAACGGAAGAACUUGCGGCAAAUUUACUCAAUCAUCAGCGAUAUCGGACAGAAUUAUCGUUGAAUAUUGCGGAUUAUUCUUGUGUUCCUAAGUCAACGGAUUCGAAUCGUUUGACAGAAAAGUUACAUCGGCUGGAAAAUGAACGUAGUUCAUUAAACUUACAAAUACAAGUUUUAAGUGAAAAAUUAGAACUUCAACAAGAUACUCUUCAAGAAUACGAACAAUUACAACGUCGAACAAAACCCAAGUAUCGUAAUUCAAUAACAAAUACUUCGCAUAUUCAUCCUAAACAUGUUCAUCAGCAGCCAUCUUUUAUUCAACACGAUCCGUCGCAAACUAUGAUUGAUUCAUCACAGUUUUUAAAUGAGAUCAAUCAUUUUAAAAUUCGGCUGGAUACACUGGAGAAAGAACGUUAUGAACUUGAAGAUAAAGUUCGUCGACUUCAAGAAGAAAACGAAGCAUAUAAGUGUCGUCUAGCUAAUGGUAAUCACGAUUGGAUCAGUUCGCGAUCGACAUCAGCAUUGAAUGGACGUGCCACUCCGUCGUCAGUUAUGGAAAACGAUAUCGAACGUUUGAAACGACGUAUUGAAUCGCUCGUCAAAUCAAACGACGAAAAAGAAAGAAAGAUCGAAGAUUUACAAAGUCAGAUAUCAAAAUAUCAAUCAAUUGGAUUAUCUGCCAUCCUACCCUCAAACGAAAUACCAUCGUCAACUACGAAAAAGAUCGAGCAUUCUGUUAAUAACAACAAUAAUAAUAACAUUCAACGACCUGGUUACGAAGCAGACGGUGAUAAUUCCGAUUCAAAUUCAUUACCAUCUGUUAAUAGUGAUAAAGAUUUACCGCCAUCAUCAUCGCAGAAACCCCCUUCAUCAUCUUCCUGUUUAUUAACACGAUCAUCACACAAUGGUCAUGAUUCUUGUCUGAAUUCUUACCAAAAUCCUCUAUCGAAAUUGAAACUUGACGUCUUGCAGCGUGCUUCAAGUGCUGAACCAAUGAUGACAAGAGAAUUAACUAACACACCUAUUCGUGAUAAACAACAACAACAACAGCAAUCCUCAAUGAUUCGAACGCUUCCUUCCGACGAUAGAAUGAAUCGUACAUAUGAUCAAAGCGGUUAUAUCUCGGACGGACCGAGUCAUAAAUAUUCGAUUUAUAAAAAAUCAUCAGCAACGAAUCUGGAUAAAAGCAAAUCAUCAAGUGCAAAAGGAUUACGAAGUAUUUUCGGAAGAAUCAUUCGAACGAAUUCAGGAAAUUUCCGUGAAGAUAGUGAAAAUCCAAGUCCAAGUCCAUUUCAACGUGGUGGAUUACGAGCAACUACUAGUGGAGGAAAAACAUCGAUGAAACCAUUGAGCGCUUUGGAAGCAACAUUUUCUCGUUGGCAAACCGAACAAAUUGUCAAUUGGUUGUAUGGAAUCGGACUUGGCCAAUACGCAAGUGAAUGUCGUAAACAUUUCAAAAAUGGCCUACAACUUCUACACGCUACGCCCUCAGAAUUGGAAAAGAAAAUUGGUAUGCGUAAUCCAUUGCAUCGGAAAAAAUUGCAAUUGUGUUUAAAUGGUCUAUGCACACGACAAACUGAAGCGAACAUUCUCGAUACACAUUGGGUUCAAAAAUGGCUUGAUGAUAUCGGUUUACCUCAAUAUAAAGAAUAUUUUGCUGAAUCCAAAGUCGAUGGUCGUCUCCUGAAUAAUCUAACCUUGGAUGAUAUUGUCUACUUGAAUAUAACAAAUGAGCUUCAUCAUUUGAGUAUAAAACGUGCAAUUCAAGUUUUACGUUUGAAUGGUUUCAAUCCAUCUAGUAUCAAACGACGGCCAAGUCCAGAGGAUAAAAAUGACAUGACAGAAAUAAUGCAUUGGUCAAACCAUCGUGUUAUGGAAUGGUUAAGAUCAAUUGAUUUAUCUGAAUACGCACCAAAUCUGCGUGGAUCAGGUGUUUGCGGCGCUUUGAUUAUACUUGAGUUACGUUUUAAUGCUUCGACACUGGCCGAAAUUCUCUCGAUUCCAAUGUCCAAAACGUUGUUAAGACGACAUUUAACAAUGCGCUUUCAAGAAUUAAUCGGCAAUGAUUUACAAACUCGUAAAAAUCAAUAUGAAAAGUCGCCGAACUAUCAAUCAUUGACGGCACAUACAAAAAUCAAAUUUUCACGUGGCUUAUUUGCUCAUCGUCGUACGCGUUCUGUCGAAGCCGAUGAUUUAGUUUGUCCUAUGAAUGAAAAUGGCAUUCCAAAUGGAAUAUCACCUAGUUUAAAGCGUUUUCCACGCAAAGAAGCAUCAUUGGCUGAUACUGUUGAGGAUGAACUCGUUCUUGCUCACGAUAGUCCAACGACGGUUGUUUAA